CCUUCCCGAGCCCCGCCCCCCGCCCCGCCACGUCCCGCUCGGGCGCCGGCUCCCGGCCCGGCGGCGCAUCGCGGCGGCGGGCCAUGGCGUUCACGUUGUACUCGCUGCUGCAGGCCGCGCUUCUCAUCGUCAACGCCGUCGCCGUGCUGCACGAGGAGCGCUUCCUCCGACACGUUGGCUGGGGAAGCGAUCAAGGGAUUGGAGGAUUUGGAGAGGAACCAGGAAUUAAAGCACAGCUAACGAACCUUAUUCGAUCUGUACGAACCGUCAUGAGAGUGCCAUUAAUAGCGGUGAACUCCAUUACUAUCAUUCUCCUCCUGUUGUUUGGUUGAAGAUACCUGUUGUGAAAUCUUUUGGACAUCCAAAGAAGCAAGUUGCUAACCAUCACUGCUCUUAGAGUUUUCUGGGAUCCAGCACGGUUUAGCUGUCAAUUUGACAUUCAACUUAAAAUAAUAAAGACACUAUUUCUAUUUAUCCUAUUUCCUAAUGUUCACUUGCAGUUUCAUUAAACAAGAUACUGGGAUCAAUGCAACAAUGCUGCAAAUAUAUCGGACUAUGACAAGUUCUGUUGCUGCCUGUUAAUAGCGUCGUAACGUGUUAAAUGAUUGUCAGUAGGAUGCAGUUUUUAAAUGUCUCGUUACUCAGGGAUUAAUUUCCUUCAGUACACUUCCCAAGUUAUUUUUAAAUUAAGAAAAACAAACUGGUUUUUUUAUUUUGAUUACUACCACAGUAGUAUUUAAGAGAAUACGAAUUAGGCUCUACAAACAUGUUACACAUUAUUGAAGUACAGUUGUGAUAUUAAGGGAAACGAAACUAGAUGGGUGAAGUCCUAAUUCAGUUCACGUUGGAAAUCGAAUUGUCCUGGUUUGAUUGAGAACAGAAUUUUUCUCUUGGUGUUUGUCUUUUCAAAUCGAGAAUGUUUCAUGCUGAUGGUGAAGUAAAUUGAAAAUAGGUGCAACUGCUAUGCAAAAAUCUAAAAAAAGCUGUACCUAAAGCUGGGCAACUGUGCUAAGUUAGGCUAGCAGGUGACAUUAAUGAUUAGCAUUUGUUACUGUUCUGUCAAGGAUUAUUAUAGUUUUUUAAAUGCGUGUUAAACUUGUGUGUGGUGAUUAGUGUGUUGGAAGUGGGGAACCAUUUGUAUUCUGAACUUUUUGGGUAAUGUGGGAGGGGAAUACCAUGCCCUUUUCAAAUGCAAUUCUUUGUUAAAACCCAACAAAUUUGCAGCCUCUUCUAUUACUGCUGCUUGUUCCCCCACCCUCCAUCUUCCUUUGUUAAAUUAACAGCUUAUUGAAAUUGAAACUAUGGGUAUGAUCUUGCAGUUCUGUUGCAAUUGCUAAUUGCUUUGGUACAGAUCUUGUCUCAAUUAAGACUGCUGGGUUAGGUCUGAUGUUAUGUAUCGAGUCUGAAUUGAAGAAAGCUGAUUCUCAUGUACCAAUUUAGAAUUCUUAUGUCUCUUCUGCUGAAGUGUUUUAGCUUAUUUUGAAAGAGGGAAGACCAAAGGAAAUGUGGCAGUUUCAUUAUUUUAAAACAACUUAGUUUAUCAUCUCUUCUUCUGAUGUCUUGAUGACUAAAGCAUAUGCUGUUGUAUACAAAGAUAAAUCUGGAAAAUGUGUAAAUGAAUUUAAUGAUCUUCAAUUGCAGUGUUUUGCAGAGUAGAGUAUAUUCAGGAGGAGAGUUUUAUGUUGUUUCCUUUUUUUUUAGUGAAAACUUGUAAAUAAAUUCUGAAUUUCUAAGUUAA